AUGGGUGUGGAGAGCUCCAUAAGUUCCAAAUUUUUGCUUCGCCUCGUCAUUAGCAUUUUGACGAUUAUUUGUUUGGAAGACUGGCUUGCAUCAGUGAGCUUGAAACAUGACUGCGAGCCUGCAAAGUGCGGUCCCCUGAAAGAUUUUCCCUUCCAGAACGACAUUAAACCAUGUUGUCCUGAUGAGCCGCUGUUACUAGAACCUUUCUGGGAGGACCCUGGCGAUUAUGAUCAUCAAUCUCAUUCGUUGAUCUCAGAGUCCGAGAAAACGGGCGAUGCUUGUCUUACUCCACGUAAACAUUUUCCUAGAUUCCCCAGUGCAUCUGAUCCUGAUGAGCAUUCAUACCUAGCAUUUCUCCGUGAUUGCAGCAGCAUCCCAAAUGUAACAUUUCCAUAUCCUCACUCAACUUGCCCCUCUCCUGGCACCAACCGCUCUUAUGUCACUCUUAUGGAUAGACCAGAAGACCCAUGUCUUACUCUGUCAGCGUGCGAGAGUCAUGUUAUUGUACAUGUUAAAAGAGCCAGAAACGAUGGCGAGGAAAAAGAAAAUGAUGACCCCGAGCGAUCUGCUUUUGUGGAAUUCAUAUCUGACGCAAAUGCCAUCUUUUGGCACAUCUUUGCUGCAGGAAACGACGCACCUUUGAGCAUUGGAUUAGGUUGUGGAUUUGGUGCCUUGGCCAGUAUUUUUCUCUGUUCAUGCAUCUACAAGAUCCGGCAUAAAGAAGAGCAUUGCUUCUCAAUAUUCCGCUCAAGACACGCUUCUUCCGAAUCUUCCUUGAAAGCAGAUGUUGAAGUGGGCAAUGUAUACUUCGGGGUCUCCAUUUUUACUGAAGCCGAGCUUGAAGAAGCUACUAACCGUUUCGAUUCUGCCCGGGAGCUCGGAGAUGGAGGUUUUGGAAUUGUGUACUAUGGCAAACUUCGAGAUGGCCGGGAAGUAGCUGUUAAGCGUCUAUACAAGCACAACUAUCGGCAGGUGAAGCAGUUCGUGACUGAAGUCGAAAUCCUAAGUCGCUUGCGCCACAAAAACCUCGUCUCUUUAUAUGGUUGCACUUCGCGGCACAGCCGUGAACUCCUACUGGUCUAUGAGUACAUCCCAAACGGCACAGUAGCUGAUCAUCUGCAUGGGGAGCGAGCGAAGCAGGUCUCUCUCCUGUGGCCUACUCGUAUUAGCAUCGCCAUAGAAACAGCCACCGCAUUGGCUUACCUUCAUGCAUCUGACACCAUCCACCGUGACGUGAAGACUAAUAACAUCCUCCUUGACAAUAACUUCAGCGUCAAAGUAGCAGAUUUUGGCCUUUCUCGGCUGUUCCCCAAUGAUGUGAGCCACGUGUCAACCACUCCUCAGGGGACGCCAGGUUAUUUGGACCCCGAGUACCAUCAAUGUUACCAGCUCACGCAGAAGAGUGAUGUCUACAGUUUUGGGGUUGUGUUAGUGGAACUCAUAUCGUCCAUGCCAGCGGUCGAUAUAAGCCGAGACAGGCAUGAGAUUAAUUUGGCCAACUUAGCAACUAGCAAGAUACGGAACCACGGGUUCCGCAAAUUGAUCGAUCCAAAUUUGGGGUUUGAGUCAGAUCCCGAAAUCAAUAGGAUGAUCAGGGCUGUGGCCGAGCUGGCUUUCAAGUGCUUGCAACAGGACAAGGACGUAAGGCCCUCCAUGGAGACUGUCCUGGAGGAGUUGAAGGCAAUUUCGAGCGGGACACAUGAACCUGGCAAGUCGAAGGAUGUGAGCUAUGAUAACAGCACCGGUCAAAGCGAGAACCCGCCUCCUUCGCCGGAAUGUGACGAUGUGGAGCUGUUGAAGAAUGUGAAGUCGCUGACUUCACCUGUUUCCACGACUCAAAAAUGGGGAAGCAGUGGUAGUUCUUCUGUACGUAGUGUUUAGUAUGUAGUCUUAUCUGUUCUCUCCUGCAAAUUUCCCUUGUCCAUCUUGGUUUGCUUGUAUGUGGGUAAAGGUUUCUAGCUAAUAUUACAUACAAUGUAGAUGAUAUAUAGCAGUCGAUCAAAGUUUUCCAUUUUGGUCUUCAUUUUUCUGCCUCAACAUGUCAGCACUUCUGUUGAGGCUGGCGGAGGAUUCGAUGUCAAUACUACGUAGUAAAGAGCACUUUCCUAGAGCAUACAUAAAGGAUUGUACACAUACUUGCCAGUGUC